AUGGGUUUUGUUCCCAAACCUUCUGCCAGAACAAAAAACAGUGUGACUCCAGACUGCAAGGCUGUCUCCAGCUCUCAGCAGGAGUCUCUGCAUGCUCCUGUGAAGUCUAGUCGAGUGGCGCUCCCAGGCCGUCAAAAGGCUGAAGCUCCUGCACUGGAAUCCGUGCACGGUGCUCACAAAGCAGCCUUCCCAUCUGCUUCACAGGAAUCUGCUGUGCCACCAAGUCCCCUGAAGAGUCCAGCUCUCUCCAAAGAUCUUCACCACAUCCCCAGUCCCCAAAAGCCAGAGCUCCAAGACAAACCCACUGUUUCCAGCUCUGUGGCCCACCAGGACAAGGUCCCGGCUGCAGCACCUGGUGCAAAGUCUUUCCUGGAACGUUUUGGAGAAAGGUGCCAGGAGCGCAAAGAUCACAUGACACCAAACGAACGCCUCACUUCGGCCAAGAAGACUUGUGUAACUCCGUCAGUCACACCAAACACCAGGUUGAUGCAGGAGAGGCUGAGAGCUGCUCACACUGCAAACACCACCACUGCUGAGCUCACUCAAAGAAGCAGACUGGAGCGGGAGUGUGAGCUGGCCCAGAUCCGCAGCGGCUUCCAGAAGGGGAAGAGUGUGUGGAACGUCAAGGAUGAAUCGGCAGGAACAACGAUGAACAACAAGGUGCAGAAGCCUGUACAGAGUGAAGUUUCUCAGAGUGAACCUGCAGCAUCUACCAAGAACAUCAACACCCCCCCCAGGUGCAACUCUCCAAUUUGA